GUCCUAUGGCAAGAAUAAUAAUUGCAGGUACUGGUAAAGAAAUUUCAAAAGCAUUACCAUAUGUUGAAGACAAACUUAAGUUUUACGAUGAAUCGAAAGCUAUCAAAAGGUUUGGCGAACCCGAAAAAAAAAUUUUAACUCCAGAACUCAAAUUAUUGGAUUUGUUAGUGAUCGGACCGGAAAUUCACGUACACGUAACGGUGAUAACAAUUAAGUCUCCUAAUAAAUUUUUUGUUCAAGUUGAUUCAUUGCAAAAUAUUGAAACUGAACAGUUAAAAACUGAAUUGAAUACGUUUUAUAAUACUCCUCAUAAUCUUAAAAUGUUAGGAAUGCACGAUAUCUACCCGGGACAUGUAGUUGCCGUAAAACACGAAAAUGGAAACUGGGAAAGAUGUGAGAUAUUGGAAGUACAUGAAGAUUCCUGUGAUAUUCUAUUUAUCGAUAUUGGAAAUGAAGGUACCGCUAAAAAAAGUGAAAUAUAUGAGUUGCCUCAACAUUUCUUAUCAUACAUUGUACAAGCAUAUGAAUGUACAUUAAACAACAUAGGAGAACUUGAUGGUGGGUGGGAUAAAAAAGCCAUUGCAAGAUUUAAGGAACUAUGUGUAGCUACACCUCCUCAAAAAGUGUGUAUGCACGUUAAAAAUACUAAAAUAGAUAUCAAUCCUAGAGGAUUUAGUCGAAGACACAUUUAUAUGGUUGAUCUUUAUAAUGGGGACUUGAACAUUGGUACUCAGUUACGUAAGGAAAAGCUUGCAAUUAAAGAGAACAGUAUGACGAAAUAUUUUAGGAGAAUUCCAAAAAUUGAAGAAGCAAGGGUUAGAGAAAAGCUUGAGUCGUUUAAGAUGUAUCAAGAAAUGAAUGAAGACUUAGACGAGGAAUUAAGAGAACAAAUGGAACUUGAGGACUUAGAAUCAGAUGAUGAUUUUAGUAAAGGUGAACAUGAUACCCUUGAUAAUGUGUUAAAUUUAUUGAAAGAUAAUGUUGCAACAACUUCUAAAAACACACAUGAUGAUGAUCAUUUCGACUAACAAAUAUGUUUGAAAAUUUAUGGAUUCGAAUGGAUUGUCUGAUCAAACUCAAAAAUUAAACUAAAUAAGGAUACGAGUUGUUUGUACUAAAUUAAAAAAUAAUAAGAGUAGAAUAAUAAUACAAAUAGAACUUUCCCAAUUGAAUAAAUGAUCAUAAAAAUGAAUAUCGUUAAAAUGGAAUUU